GGUAAGGUCCCCGCUGGAGGUGGAGGCCGCGCGGCGGUGGCACCAUGGCUCCGAACGCGCAGACAGAGGACGUGCGGCGUGGCCUCCGCGCGGUGCUGCUGGGGCCGCCCGGGGCGGGCAAGGGCACGCAGGCGCCCAAGCUGGCUGAAAGAUACUGCAUUUGCCACCUGGCAACAGGUGACAUGCUGAGGGCCAUGGUGGCGUCUGGAUCGGAACUGGGCAAACGGCUGAAGGAGACCAUGGAUGCCGGGAAGCUGGUGAGUGAUGAGAUGGUGGUAGAGCUGAUAGAGAAUAACUUAGACACCCCUCCCUGCAAGAACGGCUUCCUGCUGGAUGGCUUCCCUCGCACUGUGAGGCAGGCAGAGAUGCUGGAUGAUCUCUUGGAGAAAAGGAGAGAGAAGCUGGACUCUGUGGUUGAAUUCAGCAUUGCUGAUUCCUUGCUUAUCCGGAGAAUCACUGGCCGACUGAUUCAUUCAGCAAGUGGCCGCUCUUACCACGAGGAGUUCAACCCCCCAAAAGAACACAUGAAGGACGAUGUCACUGGGGAGCCCUUGAUCCGCCGUUCCGAUGAUAACGAAGCAGCUCUGAAGACUCGGCUGAAGGCCUACCACACGCAGACCACCCCGCUGAUCAACUACUACACCCGCCGUGGGAUCCACACGGCCAUCGACGCCUCCCAGACUCCUGACGUGGUGUUUGCCAGUAUCCUGGCAGCCUUCUCAAGAGCAACAUGUAAAGACCUGAUUAUGUUUGUGUAGAGCUCUUGGUUUGUGCAGAGCUCUCUCUUCUCUCUCUGUCUCUGUCUCUCUCUGCUGGGGUCAGGGGUCUGGUCACUAGAGAGUGAAAGAAGGGGGUGAUGCUGCAGCCUGAGAGUGGACUGCGCCCAUUAAACAAGCACUUGACAGUCUGCGUGAGCACAGUGGUGUCUGUAAGCGUGCAUUGCCUCUAGAGGGCACAGUGAGCUAACGCACCCGCCUGUCGCUGCUACGACAUGUUGGCCUCUGUUCGGGCUGAAAGAGAAUUCUAGUUUUGUUCACGAGACAAAGUUAAUUGGAAAACAGCUGCACUUCUCACUGCUAAGCUGGGGACUUGGGAGCCUCGCAGGAGGACUGGCAGUCGGGGCUGAGGCAUGUGGAGGAAGCUUACAAAAUGUCAGGCUGGUGUCGCUGUCUGUCCACUACUGCAGAUAAAAUGUUUUGUCUGCUCACGGGGGGGGGGGAGCCCACAUGUUGCAGGGGAGAGAAUGGGUGAAUCUAGUGGGAGUGUAGUGACUGACUGCAUGUGUGUGAGCCCACGUGGGUUAUCUGUUUAGGGGGGAUCAGGUGAAUCCAGUGGGAAUGCAGUGACUGACUGUGCGUGGGCACGCAUGCGUGUGUACAGCUUACUAUUAUUCCAUUCCAUGUAAGCAGAUGCUUGUGCCCCCUUAUCCUUGUCCUCUUUUGUCUUGUGUGAGCAGAGCUCUCACCUUUACAUCUACUUAUAACUGACUGUGACCUCCAGUAGAGAGAGCUCGUGGGGAAGGAAGGGGCAUGUAGGCAAUGAGAGGGGUUGAGCUGGGAUAUCAAUUCUUUUUCCUUGUUCCCAACGUCUGAACCUCUAGAGCUUGGUGUACACACAAGUGAUUCCUCAAGGACUCUGAGAUAAAGCUGUAACUGACACUUUAAGUGUCCUUCAGCUCCUCUCCAGCCUGACCUGCUGUGUGUUAGCAUGGAAAUGUACUUGAGUUUCUCAACCCAGGCUAAAAGCGUGACUGAAUCCUGCACUGCUGGGUGUUUGUUUAAUCCCAGAGCUUACUUUACCACGUUUUGGUGCUGCAGUAAAAAAUGAGGCUGGUAAGAAAGUAAUGAACCCUGUCCUGUGCAGGAAUCCAGCUGUAGCUAAAGGAUCCUAUUGUCAAUGCCAAUUGGCUGGCCUUGAUAAAACUUGGCCUUUGACCUACAGUUGGUUUUGCUCACUCGGUAUUUGACUCUCUCUUGCAUAGGGCAGGGGUGAGCAAAAUGUGGCCUGCCAGGCCAUUCUAUCUGGCCUGUGGGGCCUCCCCAAAAUUUAGAAAAUUUAAUAUUAAUCUGCCCCUGGCUGCCUGUCAUGCGGCCCUUGAUGGCUUGCCAAAACUCAGUAAGCGGCCCUCUGCUCGAAAUAAUUGCCAGCCCCUGGCAAAGGGGAUAUGGACUCUCUCCUUUUGGUGGCUGCUGUAGGGUAUGACCUGUUCAGCCAGAGGGCGUGCUGCCCUCCUUUUUCAUGACUUCAUUUCAUCUGAAAACCACUCAAUUCCUGAACAUCCCUUCUCAAGAAGUGCAGCUCUCCCCUCCCUAUCGAGACUGCUCUAAAUAGCCCCAGAAAUUGAAAGCAGUCUCGUCACUGCUGAUUUGUGAAAGCAUGUGACUGUGCGGAAAGGGGCUCAGAAGGAAACACAGCAAUUUUAGAAUUCGCUGGCAGUUGUCCCCUGAUUUGGCUUCUUUGACUUCUAGUGUUGUAUAGGUCGUUUCCUCUUGCUGUUGCUGCAAGGGUGACCUUGAGGGGGUGGUACUGCUGGCAGGCUUCUGGGCACAAAUGUUUUGAGGGGGUGGUGGUGGGAGACAGGUCACCAGUUAGUCUAGGACAACAAAUGUUCAGGGAGUAGGCGGUAAUAGAUGGGUGUGUCUGAAGGCCACUCUCAUGCAUUUUGCUUGCCUAGAGAAAAGUCUCUCCUAUCAGAGCAGCUUUUUAUCCCAACUCCUGCUUUUUGAAUCUCUAGAGAUAAAGGGGGCACUGGAAGCAAUAAAGUCAUGGAAGAGAGGGUUGUUUUUUUUUUCCAAGAAGUCAUCCUGGAUGCGGGAGAAGCUUGAUUUCCCCAUGAGAACAGCAUGUUCCCCUGCAUUCGGUCUGAGUGGCGGCCAUAUCGGCCCCGUUCCACCAUACAUCAUAAUUCAUUUGGUGUUUUUUUUUCUCCUUAAAUCUAUGUUUCUUUUUUUUUUCUUUGUUUCCAUUUUAUUCCAGCCGAGUGACUACGUGAGCCAGAUGAGACACCACCAAAGGCUGCAUGCUGUUCCACAUCAUUCCAUCCCUUCCCUUUGGGAGAGAGGGAGGGCUGUGGUGGGGCAUGGGGUCGUGGCUGAUCGGAGGAAGGGUGGGGAAGAUGCUAAAGGCAGACUGGUUUUUCUCAUCAGAAUCAUGCUUAAGAGGAGAUUUUUAUCUCUCUCAAAUCAGCAUAUGGGGAGGAAGAACGACUGCAGAGUGAAAAUGGAUUUCUGUGCCAAAGACCAGACCCUAGAUCCUUUGCUGUGUUAAGAGGGCUGGACUACCACGCUUCCACUUGGGACUGCAGUGCUUGCUCCAUGGUUUCUGAUGACUCCAGGGAGGUUGCAGAAUGGGUCGUUCUGCUACUUGCCCUCGGCUCCCUAUGGUUUACCAAAAUGAAUGAAUGCCUCCUUAGCUCGAAAAGGGAAGGAGACAAAGUUAGUUAGCCUUUUUUCUCCCAAUUCAUGGAAGUUCUGGCCUUUCUCAGGGCAAUCCUAAAAUGAAGCUGUGGUGCUCUUCAGUCAUCUGAGAAGCCAUUCACUCCCAUAUAAUGUGUCUAGGGUCCUGAGCUGUAGUCCAAACCUGUCUUUAAGAGACAAUGGCUCCUUUCUGAUCUUGGCAAAACUGAAACCCCUGUAAUAUCAAAGAAAUGCAAAAGGAUAUUUGUCCUCUCCCAUUUGACUGUGAAAGUGGCACUUAGAUUAUUUUUGCCUUUCUUUACAGACCAAAUGCUGCCUUGUCUAGUCUCCGAAUCAAUAAAAUGUCCUUUAAAUUUUG